AAAAUCAGGACCUGGUGUCUGUAGCAUCAGUGAGAAUUAGUGGAUAUGUGUGUGUGAAUUAGCAGACAUGAGCGCUGAGUGUGUCAGAUUAUGUUUGUGGGAAGGGGUCAAUGCUGUCAAUUAGGUGAAGUCUUUGCUCUCCCUCACAUUAACUGGAUUAAUGAAUUGAAUCUUGUGCUUGAUUUGCCGUCCUGUAUUCUCUGGGUCUGUACGUAUUUGUUUUAAAGUCCUUUAGCAGUUCAUAAAGACAUGUUUCCUCUGCUUGUCCCCUUCCUGUUGGGACUCUAUCAAGGCUCUGCUAACUCUCUUUGAUUCUGCCCAUCGGCCAAUGAGAUCAUGACAUUGACUCAUCACUGUGUCACUUCAAAGGCUGGGAAUGGGGGUCCAAGCCCCGCCCCACAUCUAGAGCCCACUUAAAGGUGUGGGACACCCCCUCUGUAUCUGUGGCAGAAGCAACACACAGACACAACACACUGAACUCCUUCAUCCUUGGACUUAACAUUGGAAUUAACUCAAGCCCGUUGAGUUCUUCUGGAGAACUUGUGUUUUUAAACGAAACAUCUAGAUAUUACCCGUUCUGAUCUUUUCUUUUUGUUCAUCUCAUUUUCUCUUGGAGGGCAUCUUAUGAGAAGCCUAAAUAAUGCAGGCUAUCAGAGACCUCAAGCACAAUUUCAGUCUCCCUCCUCCACCUUCCAUGGCCGGAGCCGGGGAUUCCUAUCACCACGGCAACAUCCGAAUGACUCUGGAGGAUCCCGAGCUGUGGAGAUCCUUCCAUGAGAUCGGCACCGAGAUGAUCAUAACCAAACCUGGCAGGAGGAUGUUUCCACACUGCAAAAUCAGCUUGUCUGGAUUGGUGCCAUAUGCAAAGUACAUCUUACUGGUGGACAUGGUGCCAGAGGAUGGUCUCCGAUAUAAGUGGAACAAGGACAAGUGGGAGGUGGCUGGUAAGGCUGAACCUCAGUUGCCCUACAGGACGUACCUUCACCCUGAUUCUCCAGCGCCCGGCAGCCACUGGAUGAAACAGUCUGUGUCUUUCCUCAAACUCAAGCUUACCAACAAUGCCCUGGACCAGCAUGGACAUAUAAUCCUUCACUCCAUGCACCGCUACCAUCCGCGUUUCCAUAUCGUUCAGGCUGAUGAUCUGUACAGUGUGCGCUGGAGCGUCUUCCAAACCUUUACCUUCCCCGAGACCUCAUUCACUGCUGUCACUGCAUACCAGAACACAAAGAUCACAAAGCUGAAAAUCGACCACAACCCCUUUGCCAAAGGAUUCAGAGAUGAGUGCACAAACUCUAAAAGACGAGCAAACAGAAGUCUUGCUGAUCCUGAGAGAGUUGUAAAGAAGAUCAACUUGUCCAAAGACUCAGAUCAUGAAAGCCCACAAGAUAUCCAGCGGUCCUCAUGCGAGGGUCUGGACGAUGAACAUCUGGGCCGUAAGGAGUCAGAGAUGAAGGCCGAGCGCUACUCCCCAUGGGAGGGUGCAGGCGACCGGGACAAUGGCCGUGCUGUCCGUGCCGAGUCCCCUCUAAGCUCGGACCCUCGAGACUUGUACAGCUCCGAACAGCUGGUGCCGGGACAGAACACAUACCAGCCUUACAGCAGAUUUCACGAGUACGGUAAGUCCCCCUCGCCGGCCUCGUCCAGUGUUGGCAGCAGUGGAUGUGGGAGCCGCUCCAGCUUUGAGUCCCGUGUGCCGGAUGUUGCCACCGUGCCCGAUCAAGACGCCUCCAGCAAGCCCUCCGCCCCUGAGUUGGCUCUGCCUCCCUGCCCACCACAUCCCUCCGCGGGGCACCAGGACUACACCGGGGUGCUGAACAUGGCCAUAGCCCAGGCCAAGCCAGGUGUGCUGGGCCACCAUCCUCUCUACACGCCCUACAGCACAGAACAGUCUCUGGGACAGUGGAGCGGGGCAGCGUCCACACAAUACCCCCCUCCUCCACCUCCCCAUCACCACCUCCCCACCGAAUACAGCGCCCAGGCCGUCCAUCACGGCUAUCACCACGGAAAUGUAGGGGACUGGAGCCAAUACCCUCUGUUCUCUUACUCGUGCUGGUGAGUGCGAGACGGGACGCUUUCUAAAGUCUUGCACGAUGAGAUCUGGAUCUUCACGCCCGGAGCCAGAUGAUGACACACGUCGCCCUGUACCUGCGAGCACCAGAACACACUAGAACACUGAGCCAAUGUAAUAAUCAAGUGGCUCUAACUAGGAUGUUGUUUGUGAGUCAACUUGAUGCAAAUACAAAAUAAAAAAAACCUGCUUCAGUUUAACUGAAGAAAAGUCUGUCUGCUGAUCUGAGGGUCUUUGUUUUCUUUCCGUUGUGAGAAAAGACAACGUGCUUGUCACUUGUGCCACAUUAAACGCAUCUGGAAAUGCUGUUCUUUAGACUUUUGAUAUAUUUUGACUUGAAAACUCAUGUCUGCGUGUGGGGACCAGGAAUGAACUGUUUUUCUCGGCUUUGUUGUUAAAAUGUCUAUUUAUUAUGUGUUCGCUUUUGCUGCUACUUAAUAUUAUUUUUUUGUUAAAAAAAGGAGAAAGAAAUAAUUGUGUGGUGUAAAAUGCUCUUUGGAAAUGGCAAUGUUGUAUGUCUGAAAUUCAGAAUGGUCAGUAAAUAUCAUGAAAAAGA